GCAUGAUUCACGUCGUUAUCAACGUCAGACGUGCGUCAAGGCGGAAAUGUGAACUGAUGUUUUGAACUUCUGAAUAGAGAUUUAAUUUAGCAUUGAGUUAUAUCAUCAAGUCAGUGACACAGUCAAGGCACUGGGGAGAUAAUUAAACACCGGCCAUUCCCAUUGACAGCAAAGGCCAGUCCAAAAAGGAAAAACGACGGCGAAAAUUAAGUAGUCUGCUUGUGCAUAGGUCGUCCUUGUACAUGUGUUAAAUUAUCGUCACAUGCCGGCACACCGAGUCUAUCGAGAGAAUUUCGAGAGAACAGCAAAGAAACAUUUUGUAUCACAGAAGAAAUGGCCCGAAUAGUGCAAAAUACUAUUCGUCGGUGCUUUGGCUGUGACACUACUGUUGUCAUGUUUCCCUUUUCAAGAGGACGCACACCUCACUUUGCGAAGUAUUCCGGGAAUCUUGGAUCUGCUGGCAAAGAGGUCACAGAAGCAACUGCUGUGUCUCCCACAAAGAAGAGUAGGACUGAGUUAGUUACAGACGUCUCCAAACCAGUCCUGAGGUUUGCGAAGUUAACCAAAAAUGCUACUGUCCCAACACGCGGAUCAUCAAAAGCAGCAGGCUAUGAUUUGUACAGUGCCUACGACUACACUAUUGGGCCGAUGGAUAAAGCAAUUGUGAAGACCGACAUUCAAAUUGCAGUUCCCUCUGGAUGUUAUGGGAGAGUGGCCCCUCGUUCUGGACUGGCUGUUAAAUAUUUUAUAGACGUAGGAGCUGGUGUUGUGGACGAAGACUACAGGGGAAACGUCGGAGUUGUGCUCUUCAACUUCAACAAGGAGACUUUCGAAGUGAAAAAGGGGGACCGUAUAGCUCAAUUGAUCUGUGAGAUGAUCUGCUAUCCAGAUCUACUUGAACUUGAGACUUUGGAUGAGACGGAGCGUGGUGAAGGUGGAUUUGGCUCGACGGGAAGGAAUUAACUGACUAAACUAAACUUGAAUGAAAUUAAAUGUAUUGUAUUUCUGUGUGCUGCAAUAAUAAAGGUCAUGUUUUCUAA